GCGACGUUCACCAAAAAGAACCGACUCCUUCGGAAACGACUCCUCUCUGUAGUCCAGCGUUGACAUUCAUGGAGGCAAAAUCUUUACGUUGUGUUCUUGUUUUCUUUCGUUUUUAAUAAACAUAGCAAUUAAACAUAAGUUGCUGGCGAUAUUUAAGCCCGUUUUAUAGUUUUGUCUCCCGACUGCAGACGUGUUUUUUGUUUUAAGUGGUGAUUCGGGCAAAGUUCAGUGUUCUGCCGUGUGUAUGGUCCAGGUCGUGUACUCCCGGAGUUCUAUCAUUCUGGAGAUCUAUCACUUUUGUUACUUUGCGUGUUACUAUCAAGUUCCUGAAGUAGAAAAGACUAACAGAUUAGACUGAUUUGUCUUGGUUUCAUUUUGGACCGAGAACGUGUGAAAGAAGCGGAAUCGGAGGAGACCGAGACAACAGUAAUACUUUUAAUUUACGAGAAAUAGUCAUGGAUCCACCUCCAGCUGCAAAAGUGAAGAAAGUGUUACAUGUUACAUACCUGAUCGCUACUUUGGACGUAACGUGGAUGUUCCUUCAGUUUUCAAUAACACCGGAAGUAUUUGGCAAGAAGGCUGGGAUUUGACACACUCUGGUUUGGAUACCUACAGACAACUGUAGGAGUGAUGCAGCUCCUCGGGGGCCCUGUGUUUGGAAGGUUUGCAGAUAUUUUUGGAGCACGUGCUGCUCUCUCCCUGUCCUGCUUAGCAUCAGUCAUUUAUUUUUUGCUGCUAGCAGCAGCAGACAGUGCAUUGUUACUUUUUCUGCACAAACUUCCUGCUGUGUUCAUGCAUGCCUUGCCAGGAUCACAGAUGGUUGUCACAGACCUGUCUGAGAAGAACAGGCGAGCAGAUGCCCUCGCAAAGCUUGGUCUCUGUUUUGGUAUUGGCAUGAUUACAGGGUCGUCAUUGGGAGGCACCCUGAGCACACGCUUUGGGGAGAAGUUUGCAGCAUAUGUGGCUUCUGGAGGAAGUGUUAUCAAUCUACUGCUGGUGCUGAAAUUCAUUCCUAAACACACAAAAAGACACAACAUAAAGAACAACAACACUGGCUCUGUGUUUAAUUUUGGGGAGAUUGUCAGGCUGAUGAAGUUUCCAGGUGUUGCACAGACUUUCACUGUGAAGAUCAUCUCAGGACUGCCAUCUGGUGUUUUUCAGGUUAUGUUCUCCAUCAUUGUCAUGAACUUUUUCCAGCUGCAGGCAGAGCAAAAUGGGUACCUGAUGGCAUACCUUGGUGUGUUGCAAAUGGUUAUUCAGGGUGCUGUUAUUGGCCGUCUCACCACAAGAUAUUCAGAGAAUGCAUUACUACUGUUUUCAAUAGGCCUGAACAGCUUGGUGGGGCUUGCACAGGCCCUAACCACUAAUAUGUUACAGUUCUGCUUUGUUGUUAUUCCAAUGAUGCUGUCACUCAGCAUCUUCAAUGUCAUCACAGACAGUAUGCUAACAAAGAGUGUCCCAGCUUCUGACUCAGGGACCAUGCUAGGUUUGUGUGCAUCUGUGCUGUCUCUGGUGCGCACAAUUGGGCCAACUAUUGGAGGUUUCCUUUAUGAGACAUUUGGUGUGGCAUCAUUUGGAUACAUUCAGUUUGCUGUCAGUGCUACAACCUUUACCCUGCUGUUCAUGUCAAGCACAAGGAGGAACACAGCCCACUACAGAUGAACCCUGGCUGUAGUUAAGUACGUGUGCAAAUUUCCUUUGCACUUCAAAUGUAUCUGAUGUUUAUUACUGCUGAUGUUAAAACUGUUGGUUUGUCUACCAUGUAAUUACAGUUUGUUAGGACAUCGUUUUUAGCUCCAAUUUAAAGUUUUAUUAUAUUCUUUAUGAAAAUUAUGUGACAAUGGAAAGAAUACAUUUUUGUAAAUGAUAAGCAUAAAUAAAUAAAACAAAAUAAAUUAAACAAA